GCGGCUCGGCACUUUCUCCAAAUAAGUCCCGAUCGGGGCCCCUUCCAGCAGCAGCUGCAGCUGCGGCCAGCGGUGCCGACGUCAGGCCCUGCCCCCGCGGCGCUGACGUCGGCGACCGGCCCGGGUGACCUCAUCGCCGGCCGGACCGCGGCCCGGCCGGGUAGGCGGGGAGAGGCGGGGGCGGCCCCGGCGCGGGGCCAAGGCAAAGGCAAAGGCUCGGGCCCGGGGCGCGGCUGCUGCAGCUCUCGCCGGAGCCGAGCCGCAAAGCGAAGCGAAGCGCCUGCCCGCUUGGCGUGCGCCCCCCGCGCCAUGGCCGGCCUCAACUCCCUGGAGGCGGUGAAGCGCAAGAUCCAGGCCCUGCAGCAGCAGGCGGACGAGGCGGAGGACCGCGCGCAGGGCCUGCAGCGGGAGCUGGACGGAGAGCGGGAGCGGCGGGAGAAAGCCGAAGGGGAUGUGGCCGCCCUCAACCGACGCAUCCAGCUGGUGGAAGAGGAGUUGGACAGGGCACAGGAGCGACUGGCCACAGCCCUGCAGAAGCUGGAGGAGGCAGAGAAGGCAGCAGAUGAGAGUGAGAGAGGGAUGAAGGUCAUCGAGAACAGGGCUAUGAAGGACGAGGAGAAGAUGGAGAUUCAGGAGCUACAGCUCAAAGAAGCCAAGCACAUCGCCGAGGAGGCCGACCGCAAGUAUGAGGAGGUAGCUCGUAAGCUGGUCAUCCUCGAGGGUGAGCUGGAGCGAGCGGAGGAGCGUGCCGAGGUGUCUGAAUUGAAAUGUGGGGACCUGGAGGAAGAGCUUAAGAAUGUCACCAACAACCUCAAGUCACUGGAGGCCGCCUCAGAGAAGUAUUCUGAAAAAGAAGAUAAGUACGAAGAAGAGAUCAAACUUCUGUCGGACAAACUGAAGGAGGCUGAGACCCGGGCGGAGUUUGCAGAGAGGACGGUGGCGAAGCUGGAGAAGACCAUCGAUGACCUGGAAGAUAAACUUGCCCAGGCCAAAGAAGAGAAUGUGGGCUUGCACCAGACACUGGACCAGACGCUAAACGAACUAAACUGUAUCUAGUGCGUUUGACCCGGCUCUGCCCCCGCCAGCCCGGCCUCUGCGCCUUGGCGGGAUCAUCGAGUGAAUCAUGAAUAGAUGACCAAAUAUUUUGUAUCCAAGAAGCUUUGAGCACCUGUUCCACCUUCCUUCCUUACUUCAUUCCUUCCUUCCUUUUUUCUCUUCAUGACACAGGCUUCCUCCUCUCUUCAUCUUUAAGUCGCGUUGGCUCCCGAGGUGGGUGGGUCCGUGCAGGGCUCGGGGAGAACUGAGCAGCCCCGCUUGGGACUCAGACUCUAGACCAGGCCAUCGGGUUCAAACAGGGAUAUUCUUCUGUCCGGGGCCAGAAGGGGUCGUCUACACCACAGGCAGGUGAACCUGGUCAGACUGGCUCUUUGCCACCUGCCACCACUCAGAACAGGCUCUUAGCAGUGGGGUGGGGGCUUUUGGGGGAAAGGUCUGGUUAUUGCCCAGUUGCUUCCAGGGGAGCUGCAACCACCCCCAGCCCCCAAGGGUUGUUCCCAAAGACCACCUGGGACACCUCCCCUAGGAAUGGCAGGAGGGUCUGUUUGGCAGAGUCAACCCGGAGAGCUUCCUGUACACAGCAGCAUCGGUAAAGCUGCUAAGCCAAUACCAAGCCCUCCCCCUGUCCUUCAGGGCAGUUGGCCAGACCUCGCUUCAGGCCCGAGUGGGUGGAAGGUGGGAAAACUGAUUAAACUGGACACAGGCCUCUGAGCCAAGGCUGCGUCUCGUCCUUUUGUUUCAUUUCUGCUUCUUCUCUGGAACAUCUCAGAGCUGAAACAUUCCAUGCAUUCCCCCCGGCAUGGCCCGGGAACAAUCCAUGUUUACAGUCCCAACUCGGCGAGCGGCCCUUGGCCCCCCCCCCCCACUCACUCCUAUUUAUUGAGCAGCUCCACACUAGGCAAUCAACUGUGCAAUGAAUAAACCUCACACUACCCCCACCC